CAAAGUUGAACUGGUUUGAUACCACAAGUGUCCAAAGUGCUGUUAUUACGGUAAUAACAUUGUGGUUUCAAAAACUUACAAAGAAAUGAACAAUAUCUAAAAAUGACACAGUCAAUAGUCGUUCAAGUUGGGCAGUGUGGAAAUCAGAUUGGAUGUAGAUUCUGGGAUUUGGCGCUAAGAGAACAUGCAAGUAGGAAUAAACAUGGUGUCUUUGAUGAGCCGCUCAGUUCAUUCUUCAGAAAUGUUGAUACCAGAUAUGAUGAUCCUGCUAAUAUACCAAUUGGGAUUGGUAAAAACAAGAUUAAAACACUCAAGGCUAGAGCUGUUUUGAUUGAUAUGGAAGAAGGUGUUGUUAAUGAUCUGUUAAAGGGACCGUUGGGUGAUGUGUUUGACUGCAGGCAACUCAUAACCGAUGUAUCAGGGUCAGGAAAUAAUUGGGCUGUGGGUCACAUGAUGUAUGGUCAGCAAUAUCGAGAAGAAAUAACAGAAUCAAUACGAAGAGCUGCUGAACAAUGUGACUGUCUACAGUGUUUUUUUGUUCUACAUUCCAUGGGAGGAGGUACUGGUUCUGGUGUUGGUACUUCAGUGCUCAGUUUACUCAGUGAUGAAUUUCCAGAUGUCUAUAGAUUUGUUACAGCUGUUUAUCCCUCGGCUGAAGAUGAUGUCAUUACAUCACCAUACAAUAGUGUUUUAGCAAUGCAUCAACUGACUCAGCAUGCUGACUGUGUUCUACCUGUAGAAAACCAGGCAUUGUAUGAUAUAUGUCACAAAAUCUCUCAAGCACUGCCACCGGAGAAGACUGGUAAAAGAAUGGUUGGUGGUCAUUCCAGAGUGAAAGCUGAUAGUGCUGUUACUGCUAGUGCUGGUGGUCUAGUGAAAAAGAGUGAUGAAAAACCAUUUGAUAAAAUGAAUAACAUUGUUGCUAAUUUGCUUCUCAAUAUGACAAGUUCUGCAAGAUUUGAAGGUUCUCUGAAUGUUGAUUUGAAUGAAAUUACGAUGAAUUUGGUGCCUUUUCCACAGUUACAUUAUCUUGUAUCCAGUCUAACUCCACUUUACGCAUUAUCUGAUAUAAAUUUACCUCCUAGAAGGUUAGAUCAGAUGUUCAGUGAUGCUUUCUCCAAAGACCACCAGUUAAUCAAAGCUGACCCAAAACAUAGUCUGUAUUUGGCGUGUGCACUGAUGUUAAGAGGAAAUGUUGAAAUAUCAGAUGUCAGAAGGAAUAUAGAAAGAUUGAAAUCUUCCUUGAAGUUUAUACACUGGAACCAAGAAGGAUGGAAGACUGGCCUUUGUUCGGUUCCACCAGUAGGCCAACCAUACUCACUUCUAACACUGGCAAAUAACACAUGUAUUAGACACACUUUUUCAGAUCUUAAAGAUAGAUUUGUUAAACUCUACAAAAGGAAGGCACAUGUACAUCACUAUACACAUGUUGACGGAAUGGAAAUGAGUCAAUUUUCUGAAAGUUUGGAAUCUUUAACAACAUUGAUGAAAGAAUAUGAAGGACUGGAAACUAAUAUGGGGAGGAUUGUGGAUGAUGUACACAGACUACAGAUUGCAUCAUGAAAUUGAUAUCAGUUAAAACAAUGCUGUAUAUAUUAAUAUACUUGUAAUUAUUUAUGAGAUAUGCCUUGAUCAGUCAGUUUACAUUCAGCUGGCCAUUUUUUAAAAACCUUCUCAAAACUUGCAAGAUGUGAUGAUUCAUGUGAGCUAUGUGACACUAAUAUGGGGAGAAUUUGCUUAAUACAGUGAUAAGUUCUGUAAAUAUUUUUAUACUGUGCAGACAUAAUUCAUGCAAAUUUGUAGUUACUUUGGUGUUCAAGUUAUUAGACACUUAAUAGAAUAGAUUACACAGUUAAGAUUACAGAAAGGGUAUGUUAUCAGCUAUAAGUUCCAUACAUAGUGGAGCUAGUUGGCGUUGACAACAUUCAUUAAAAUAUGCAUGUAAAAAUAUGUUUCAUUGCAUAAUAAUCGUGA